AACGCUUUUCUCUCUCUCUCUCUCUCUCUCUCUCUCUAAACAAUAUAAAUUCUCAUCUUAACCUUUUUAGUUUUUUAUAUAGUGAAAUUAUAGAAAAAUGGAUAGUUGCAGAACUGAAACUCGGACGAUUUCAAGCGGUGCCGACUCAGUCGAGUCUGCUCAACAUGAUUCCCAGAUCACAGAGUCUCUGUCUACAGAGUGGACAGAUGAGAAGCACCGUCUGUACCUUAAAUCCAUGGAGGCGUCAUUUGUUAACCAGUUAUAUAAUUCUAUGGAUCUUCUUGAUUUGCGAUUGAAGAAGGAGAUGCCAGAACAGCAAGUACACCCGAAUACUUGUACCCCAUCCGGCCAGUUUAAGGUUCUUCGAGGUGGUUCUUGGCAGAAUGUUAACUUUCAAAAGCCUGAAUCACAAGUAAAUGUAGACAUUCUAGGAAGUCCGUGGAUUCAGCACUUUAGGUCUGCAAGAAAACCCCAUGUCACUGUCCAAGAAAGGGGCACAUUGCAUAAGCGAGCGACCAAUUCAAGUGGGAAGAAGGCAGUGUCUAGUGGUAUAGAAACUUGUUCAAACCACUCCUAUACCUGUUGCCGCAAUUCUUGUCAAACUGGCGCUGUUGACAGCACUGCAGAGGUUUCAGAUCAGAAUUUUGUGGAUGAAAAUAUUAGCAGUAGCAAGACAAGCAGCACAUGGAACUCAAAGAAAAUAAAAACUAAGAAAUCUCGUACUUCAAUUAAUGAUCAGGUGGUCCCAUAUAGCAAGCCUCCCGCCGCUGAAAAAAACACUGAAGUCGGAAGAGAUGACUCGCUCGCGUGACCAUCUGGCUACCUAUGAAAGACGCUCAAGAAUCAAAUCUGUGAACUUUCUUUGCUCAUUGAAAUUCGAGAGGAGAAACUGUGGUGAAUGUGGAGGAUUGCGAAAUUAGACAUUCUUCCCAUCUAUUUGAUGCUGCUACUAGGAAUACUAGGAAUAUUGUUCCGUCGUAUGCUGUAUUAGAUAUUUUCCUUUUAUUUUUAGAUGUUUGUCGCAAAUCAGAUAUUUUAUUUGUGGAGCUGAUUUUAUUCAGUAUGUAACAAAGUUAUGAUGGCCAUGAAGCAUUAUCUAGUAGUAGGUCGACAACAAAGAAGUUAAGCUAGUAAUAGAGUUGAGAAAUAGAAACAGAAGCAUGUAAUUCUCAUUGCUUUAUCUUUUAUCUUGAUUUACAAUUCUUGAACUUA